CUUAAAAUGGUAUCAACUAAUAGAGAGAAUUCUCCAAAAAAAUCAGUUUUUUCAUUUUUAAGUGAUAGUAAAAAUUUGGAUAGAUCAAAUGACUGUAAAUCUGUCCACGGAAAUAAAAAGUUUUUGGACUUUAAAGAAAAAGACAAUACGCUUCAUCAUGAAAGCGCUUGUGACUCAGGAACACAAAACCAUUUAACUUCUUCAGUCGCUUGUAAAAUUUCGAAUUCCGCUUGGGCUUCAGGACAAAAAAAAGUCAAAACAAGACGCGCGUUACUUGGUAAUGUUGCUCGCGAAUCUCAAGUGUCAAAAGAUCGUAAAGAAAUCUCCACCUGUAUUUCCAAUCAUUUGACGCUAAAUUCUUUAAAAGAAUCAAUUGAUGUAAAGAACUCAUUCACAGACGUUUCAGUAAAUGUUUCAGCGUCUGAAGCUAAUGGAAAUCACUCUACAAAUUCGUCAAGGUCACUUCCAAGUAAUAACAAUAAUUUUUUCAUACAAAAAAAAUUCAUUGGUGACAGCCUCAAUUCAAAAAUACUCGUUUCAGAAAACGGUCAUAAAAACCGAUUGAACACUGAUAUAAAAGUACAAUUAAAACAAUUACCUAAUGUAAACCCUUCUACUUCCACAAUCAAUCUAUCAAAUGAAACAGUUGCUUCAAUAUCAGCACCUGGUUUGGAUGGUAACACAAAGCCAACGAAAACAUUAAUGAACGCUAACUAUAUGUCUGAAGGAUUAUCUUUAUUAACGGGAGUUUAUAAUUUUUUGGUUUUGCAAAAACAACAAUUAAAUGAAAGAAGCGAUGCGUGCCGCCGCGAAGAAAAUGUUUUUGACAUAACGUUUCACCGAGAACGUCUACUGGAUGAAGUGAAUCAGUUAAAAAAAGAUCAAAAUGAAUCGAUUCUUCGUGAAGAUUACGUCAAAGCAGACACCAUUGAUCAACUUAUCAAACAAACCCAAAAAAAACUUGAAGAUUUUGAAGAAACGACGUGUUCUUUUCCUUUCGCCUGCUUUGUUGAAAUAGAAGAAGCUUUUAAUGAAAAAUAUAUCGAAUCUACUAAUGUCAUUCAAAAUGUGUUGAAUCAAUUGGAUACCAUUCAACAUACAAUUAUAAAAGAAACAAAACAAAAGAUAACGUCGUGGCUAAGUGUUAUGGAAAAAGAUUUUGAACAUAUACAACGUAAUCUUUUUUUGGUAGAAGACGAAUAUAAAAAAAUCAAUUUUCAAAAAGAAGGAAUUUUAGCUCAACAAGAACGACUCAAUGAAGAAAUUUUGAAACGAUCCUUUGUUUAUGAAGGAACUCGACAAAAAGCAGUAGCGAAAGAAAGUCAGCUUGAUCGAGAAAUAGAAGACUUAGAGGCUAUACUUGCUCAAAAACGUGAGUUUCGUCACCAUCUUAAGAAUGUUAUAGUUAAGAAUGAAAUUCAAAUUAAAAAAAUUGAAAGUGAUUUCAAAACCAAAUUAUGUGACAUUCAAUCCGCGACAAAUCAACUAAACAACAAGUUCAAGACCGUUGAAUAUAAAAGAAAACGUCUUAUAACAGAUCGUGCUUUACUUGAAAAAAAAACAAAAAUAUUUACAAAUGAUGUAAAAGAGGUGACACUACAAAUGGGUAUGAUAAUAGUCACACGUCAUAUACUACGGCAGUAUAUAAUUUUUUCAUUCAAUCAAGUGAGACCAUUACAAAAUGCGUUGAUUUCCUUAGCUACAUGCUUUACUAAUAUUACUGGUUCUCAAUCGUUAGCUAAAGUACGUCACACCAUUUCCAGGGCUCGUCAAAAAAUAGAAUCUCACUUAUUAAUCGUAAAUGACUUGAAAAUGAAGCAACUGGUUUUACAAAAUCAACUGGAUCAAUUCUCAAAACAAAAAGAUCAAGCAGUUGAACUACGACAAUUUCGCGACGCUGCGUGCUUCACAAAGGAAAUACAAAGAGUUACAGCUGAAAUGGAAACAUUAGUAUUACAAGUAGAUUCAAAUGAAAAAGACUUAAACGAUGCUUUUUUAACAAUACAAGACCUGGAACCUGAAGAAAAUAAAUUACGUGAUAGUAUCAAUCAUUUUAUGUGCUUUGCAGGUGACAAUUUUUUUCAACAUUUACAAAUGUAUAAAAAAAGUAUUGCUUCUAUCGUAAAUCCAGUGGAGCACCACACGAUAAGUCAUUGCGAUAAGACGUGCUUACCCUGUGAAGUUUUUCUUGAAAAAUCAAUUGAAGAAUACUUACUAAUGGUGGAAAAUGGAAUUCAUCAGAUGGCUUUACAAACAAAAUCCAAGUUUUUAUACCCUCCUAGUUUAGUACAGCAUAUAGCGAACAAUUUGAAAAGACAAUUUUUUCAGCAUCCUUUCAUACAAGUGAGUCGCAAAAUUUUGCACGCAUUUUUCUCUCUGUUUCGUGUCGAAGAAAUGGUGUGUGAUUCUUUGCGUAUGACAUGCCUUCGAUGGACAGCUCAGGAAAAUUUGAACAACACAAAUUUAAUAAUAGAGAACAAAUCUUUGAAAAAAAUAGAAGAAAAAAAAAAAAUCUUGGCUUUUUUAUAUUUUUGUAAAAUGAGACAACGUUUGGUUGAGUUCAAUCCAUUCGCCCCUUCAAAUGCUCAAAACUUUUUAAAUGAUUUGUCCUAUUUAGCUGAGUGUAUAAUUACAGUCAGAGAAAUGAAAAACUUAUUUUUAACCUUUAAUUUGUCGAACAAGAAGCAAAAAUCUUUUUUUGUAAAACAUCAAAAUUUUACAAAAACAAAGGGUUUGGUUUCCGAAAAAUUAAGAAGCAGCAGUUUUUCUUACCAUACACCAAAUUGCUUAACGACUGAUUCUUUAUAUGGCUUAAGUCAGCAGACUACUCGUCACCAUUCUGCAAUAUUACUUAAUAGGGCAGCUCCAAAUAAUAUGUUUUUCAAUUCGCUCGACAAGAAAAUAAACGAUUUGACUGUCGGUAUAAAAAUUUGUACGAAUGACUCACCCUCCAAAAUUCGUUCAUUAUCUAUUUAAGUCGUCAAAAAAAAUAAUUCAAUAUGUUAAAAAACAGACGGCUAUCAUGCUAUAUUGCAGUAGAACUACUUUUUAUGUCUUAUUAGCUUAACGUUAUUUACAAAUAAAAGCAUUUUAUUCAAAAUCAAAAAGAAAAAAACGCUUUUAAAACGUUUUUAAAUGAUUCUUUAAAUGGUUAAUCUUUAGCAUGUUGUAGCUUGGACAACCAGAAUUUUUGCGAACGACAAAACGUUCUUUUUAGCUACCAUUUCAUUUUAGGUGAAAACAAAAUUUUUUUUACAAUCUUAUUUAAAUAACCAGUAGACUAUUUAGUCAAAAAAUUUAAAUUAAAU